CAUCAUGUGGGAACUGACAGCCCUCCUGCUCCUGGUUCCAAGCAGUGGGCAAGCUGCUACUCUGGAGAAGCCCAUAUUGUCUCUACACCCACCCUGGACCACAAUCUUCAAGGGGGAAAGGGUAACCUUGCGGUGUGAUGGGUACCACCCUCUGCUCCUGGAGCUCCGACCCAUCAGCACUCUCUGGUAUUUGGGCCACCUACUCCUGCCCUCUCACAAGAAGAGCAUCGAGGUGCAGACACCAGGAGUGUAUCGAUGCCAGACACGGGGAGCACCUGUCAGUGACCCCAUCCACCUCUCUGUAUCCAAUGACUGGCUGAUCCUGCAAGUACCCUAUGCUGCGGUGUUCGAGGGCGAGCCGCUGGUCAUGCGCUGCCGCGGUUGGUACGACAAGGUCGUCUACAAACUUCACUACUACCACGAUGGCCAACCCGUGCGCUACUUCCACUCCAGCGCCAACUACACGGUGCCCCAGGCGCGCGCCAGCGAUAGCGGGCGCUACCAGUGCUCCGGCACCAUGCGCAUCCCGGUGGAGAGCGCGCCCAUGUUCUCCGCCAAGGUGGCCGUGACCGUGCAAGAGCUGUUCCAGGCGCCGGUGCUGAGGGUGAUGGGCCGGGUGGACGCUCGCGGCGCGGCCCUCGGCGGAGUGGCCUUGCGGUGCGAGACGCUCCUGCACCCUCAGAAGCGGGACACGCCGCUGCAGUUCGCCUUCUACAAAUACAGUCGCGCCGUGCGCCGCUUCGACUGGGGCGCCGAGUACACCGUCCCCGAGCCCGAGGUCGAGGAGCUGGAAUCGCACUGGUGCGAGGCUGCUACCGCCAGCCGCAGCGUCCGGAAACGCAGCCCUUGGCUGCAGCUUCCGGGGCGGGGUUCUCCCCUGGACGUGGCGUCCACUACCGUCCCGGCCCCACAGGCCGCGGCUUUGGCGCCCGCUAACAAGCCGCUUUCCUUCAGAGAGCCCCCGCUGUCCAGACCGGUCCCGUCGGUCACCUCCGUCCCUAACACCACCUCAGCCGGGCUGCUGUUCCCCGCGGGCGGAGCCCCCACUGCUGGGCCACCUGCCUGCGCUCCGCUGACCCCCUUGGAACAAACCACUGGAGCCCUAAAACCCGACAUGGACCUUCUGCUCCGAGAAAUGCAGCUGCUCAAAGGCCUUCUCAGCCGGGUGGUCCUGGAAUUAAAGGAGCCACAGGCCUUUCCAGAGCACAGGGACACACUCGAGACCCCCGCUUCCCACUUUGCUGUGAGUCAGGGAACCCCUGAGACCACUGCUGUGGAGAGCUGAGG